UCUUAUUUAGUAUAUAUCUUUUAUUUAGCUUUUAUAAAACUGUUUUUGUUUAUAAAGAUAACAAAAUGCUCUAUUUAAUUGGUCUUGGGCUGGGUGAUGCGAAAGAUAUAACCAUAAAAGGUUUAGAGAUAGUACAGAGUGCACAUAAAGUAUUUCUUGAAGCAUAUACAUCAAUUAUAAAAGGAGGAAAAGAAGAACUAGAAAGCUUUUAUGGAAGGGAACUAACUCUUGCUGAUCGAAACCUAGUUGAACAAGGCGCAGAUGAAAUUCUUGACCAAGCAAAGAUAAAUGAUGUUGCGUUCCUUGUUGUUGGAGAUCCUUUUGGUGCGACAACACAUACAGAUUUAAUAAUUCGAGCCAAAGAAAGAAAUAUUAGUUAUAAAGUCAUCCAUAAUGCCUCUAUCCUUAAUGCUGUUGGAUGUUGUGGUUUGCAACUUUAUAAUUUUGGCGAAACAGUUUCUAUAGUGAUGUGGCAGGAUAAUUGGCGACCUGACAGCUUUUAUGACAAAAUAAUUGCUAACAAAGAAAGAAAAUUACACACCCUCUGUCUUUUGGAUAUAAAAGUCAAAGAACAGAGCAUUGAAAACAUGAUGCGCGGUAAAGCAAUAUUUGAACCACCGCGCUAUUUGACUGCAAAUGAAGCCAUAAACCAACUGCUUGAAGUUACUAACGAAAGACGUUUGAAUAAGAACGAGAAAAAACAAGUAUUAGACGACAGUAGUUUUUGCGUGGCUUUGGCAAGAGUUGGGUGGGAAGAUCAAAAAAUAGUAUUUGGUACAAUGAACGAAGUUAGCAAGAUAGAUCUUGGUCCUCCUAUUCAUUCAUUAAUCAUACCUGGUGAAAUUCAUUAUAUAGAAAAUGAAAUGCUGCAGUUAUUUUCAAUUGACCAUCUGCAAAAUACGCAAAACGAAUAAUAAAACUUGAUUUUUAAUGAAAAGUUUUUAUUUAA